AUGGAGGAAUUUUUAGUACAAAAUCUUUGCGAUGGUAGGAGAGAAGUGAGGAUUCAGGCUGCCACUGAACUUGGAAAACUUAAUACUAAGCAAAGACAUAAGUUAGCUGAACGAGGAGUUAUUGCUCCUUUGAUUUCAAUGCUCCAGUCUCAAGAUUAUGAAGCCAUUGAAGCUGCUCUCUUUGCUUUGCUCAGCCUUGCUUUUGGCAAUGAAAGAAAUAAGAUCCGAAUCGUGAAAUUGGGGACGAUACCUGUGCUGCUGGAGCUCCUCCAAUGUCCAAACGAGUCACCAAUGGAACUCAUAAUGGCAUCUUUCUUGGUCAUCUCUUCUUGCGGGGCGAACAAGCUCGCAAUUGCGGCUUCUGGGGUUAUUUCUGUCCUUGUAGAAAUCCUCGGAAGAGAAUAUGAUGACACGAACAACAUUAGCAUGCAGGCCAAGCUUGACGCUGUAGCAACUCUCCACAAUCUCUCAACUUGCCACCAGAUUGUUCCAUCAAUAGUUUCCUCCGGUGUAGUUUUCACCUUGCUUCAUCUUAUUCACAGAUACGGAAAGUCCUCAGAGUUGGUUGACAAGGCAAUGGCACUUCUUGAAGAUAUCGUCACUUCAUCAGAGAAUGCACUAGCGCAAACUGCUGGUUCAGGAGGCGCAAUUCGGGCGUUCGUAGAAACAAUUGAAGAAGGUAGUCCCCAAUGCAAAGAGCAUGCAGUGGGAAUUCUCCUGCUCAUAUGCCAGAGCUGCAGAGAUAAAUACAGAGGAUUGAUUUUAAGGGAAGGAGUGAUGCCAGGGCUGCUUCAGUUGAGUGUGGAUGGAACACGCAGGGCCAAAGAGAAAGCCAAACAACUAUUGCUGCUUUUGAGGGACUGUUCAAGUUAUCGAUCGAGAGCUAAACAAUCAAAAUAUGAACUUGUAGAACAGAUUAUGCAGGAAAUUGAUGCAGAAGGAGAACAAGUAAUGGGAACAAAUAGGCUAGUGGAGGAGAUGAUCGCAAAGCUCAGUACAUGA